AUGCCUGGCUUGCUCCGGCCAUGGCCACAUCGCCCCGCGCCUCUGCCUCCGCGCCACUCGUCGGAGCCCCGCGAGUUCGUCCCCGCUGCGCCAAGCCCUCUCCAUCGAGCUCCGCGACCAGCGCCUCCACUACCUCCCCGUCGUUGCGCCUACCUCCUCUCAUCGCGCCGUGCCCAUCCUCUUUCCGGCAGGAUCCGCUCCGCCGUCGUGGUUCCCGGCGCCCCGGACCUCCCCUGCUUCGCCAAGUUUGCCGCGCCGCCCAGGGUCUCCGUCGGGGUCGACCUCCUGCCCCGCCGGUCUACCUCCCCACGCCGGCAGCAAGCCUCGCUGCCGCCGCUUUUCACCAAGUCCCAGCUGCUCCCCUGCGCCGCCGGGAGCUCCUCCAAUCUGUUGCCCCGUAUACCGCGUUGCUGCUGCCACUGGAUCACCGAGACCGAUCCUCCGAGGAACCCCGUGUUCAACUACACAAUGAGCGGCAAGUACCACUACGACGGUGUUCGACUACGUGGAUUCAUCAAGUAUUUCUUCGGAUACACCAAGUUUGACUACACUGCAAGACCCAUACCCGGACCGUCAAUCUUCUCCGAGAAUUUUGCCAAGUACCACGACAUCCGGAGCCCCGGAUACAACAAGACCGUCCCGGAUAACGUCAAGUACCUCUACCGACGACCUCGAACAUCUACGAAAACGUGUACCACUACCGUCGCCGAAGACACGCGUAACGGAACCGUCAAGUUCAACUACCUUCGUCGACCACUACUUCCCUCGACGAUUUUGAACCCCUCCGAAAAUGCACGCUUCGAAGCGCCCAGCCUCCUCCUCGUCCAGAGACGCAGCGCCAUCCCCACCUCCAGCCGCGCCCGUCCUGGAGCUCGCCCGCCGUCCAGUCGCACCGCCAUGCCUGGCUUGCUCCGGCCAUGGCCACGUCGCCCCGCGCCUCUGCCUCCGCGCCACUCGUCGGAGCCCCGCGAGUUCGUCCCCGCCGCGCCAAGCCCUCUCCAUCGACCUCCGCGACCAGCGCCUCCACUACCUCCCCGUCGCUGCGCCUGCCUCCUCUCAUCGCGCCGUCCCCGUCCUCUUUCCGGCAGGAUCCGCUCCGCCGUCGUGGUUCCCGGCGCCCCGGACCUCCCCUGCUUCGCCAAGUUUGCCGCGUCGCCCUGGGUCUCCGUCGGGGUCGACCUCCUGCCCCGCCGGUCUACCUCCCCACGCCGGCAGCAAGCCUCGCUGCCGCCGCUUUUCACCAAGUCCCAGCUGCUCCCCUGCGCCGCCGGGAGCUCCUCCAAUCUGUUGCCCCGUAUACCGCGUUGCUGCUGCCACUGGAUCACCGAGACCGAUCCUCCGAGGAACCCCGAGUUCAACUACACAAUGAGCGGCAAGUACCACUACGACGGUGUUCGACUACGUGGAUUCAUCAAGUAUUUCUUCGGAUACACCAAGUUUGACUACACUGCGAGACCCAUACCCGGACCGUCAAUCUUCUCCGAGAAUUUUGCCAAGUACCACGACAUCCGGAGCCCCGGAUACACCAAGACCGUCCCGGAUAACGUCAAGUUUCUUUUUCACAGGCCUUCCUUGAUGGCCUGA